CGCGGCUCCGCUCCUCGCCGGACUCCACGCCCGCGCGUCCCGUGCCGCUCCAGCUUCUGCUCGCUGCCGCCGGCGCUCGCGGCCCCCUGCGCCCCCAGGAACGCCCCGUCCUCCCCGCGUGGAGCCCCCGCUGCCUCCUCGGGGCGCCAGCCCCGCGCCCCGCCGGUCCGCUCCCCGGAGCUCUCCCGGAGCCCGCGCGUCCUGCACCCUGGAGCGCCGGGCCGCGAGCCUCUGGCCACUCCUCUGGAUCCUCCCGUCGGUAGGGGCUGCCGCGCUCGUCUGCCCGGGCGAGGAUCCUCGCUGCUGCACCUGCCCCGGAACUCUGGCUGUGCCGCGCCCACCUUGGCUAACACAGACACCCCUGGAACAUGGCCGACGAGGACCUCAUCUUCCGCCUGGAAGGCCUUGGUAGCAACCAGUCCUCCCGGGCUGGCCACAGUGCUGAUUCCGAUUCAGACAGUGAUGAUGAGGAAGGCUACUUCAUCUGCCCCAUCACGGAUGACCCCAGGUCCAACCAGAAUGUCAAUUCCAAGGUCAAUAACUACUACAGCAACCUAACCAAGAGCGAACACUCUGGCUCCAUCGGGUCCCCAGCCAGCUCCUUUCACUUCAAGGAAGCCUGGAAGCAUGCGAUCGAGAAGGCCAAGCACAUGCCGGACCCCUGGGCCGAGUUCCACCUGGAAGACAUCGCCACCGAGCGUGCCACUCGCCACAGGUACAACGCUGUCACUGGGGAGUGGCUCCAAGAUGAAGUUUUCAUCAAGAUGGCGUGUCAGCCCUUCGGCCGUGGAGCGAUGAGGGAGUGCUUCAGGACGAAGAAGCUCUCCAACUUCCUGCACACCCAGCAGUGGAAGGGGGCUUCCAACUACGUGGCCAAACGCUACAUCGAGCCUGUGGACAGGGACGUGUACUUUGAAGAUGUGCGUCUGCAGAUGGAGGCCAAGCUGUGGGGGGAGGAAUAUAACCGGCACAAGCCCCCCAAGCAGGUGGACAUCAUGCAGAUGUGCAUCAUUGAGUUGAAGGAGCGGCCAGGCCAGCCCCUCUUCCACCUGGAGCACUACAUCGAGGGGAAGUACAUCAAGUACAACUCCAACUCUGGCUUCGUCCGCGAUGACAACAUCCGCCUGACCCCGCAGGCCUUCAGCCACUUCACGUUCGAGCGCUCCGGCCAUCAGCUGAUUGUAGUGGACAUCCAGGGUGUUGGCGACCUCUACACUGACCCACAGAUCCACACGGAAACGGGCACUGACUUUGGAGAUGGCAACCUAGGUGUGCGGGGCAUGGCCCUCUUCUUCCACUCUCACGCCUGCAACCGGAUUUGUAAGAGCAUGGGCCUCGCGCCCUUUGACCUCUCGCCACGGGAGCAGGAUGCGGUGAACCAGAACACCAAGCUGCUGCAAUCAGCCAAGACCAUCUUAAGGGGCACAGAGGAAAAGUGUGGGAGCCCCCGGGUCAGGACCCUGUCUGGGAGCCGGCCUCCUCUGCUCCUUCGCCUCUCCGAGAACUCUGGGGAUGAGAACAUGAGUGAUGUGACCUCCGACUCGCUCCCUUCCUCCCCGUCCUCCGCCACGCCGCACAGCCAGAAGCUGGAGCACCUCCAUUGGCCGGUGUUCGGUGACCUAGAUAACAUGGCACCCAGAGACCAGGACCAUCUGGACAACCACCGGGACUCAGAGAACAGUGGCGACAGUGGCUACCCCAGUGAGAAGCGGAGCGAACUGGACGACCCUGAGCCCCGAGACCACGGCCACUCCAACGGGAACCGGAGGUAUGAGUCUGAUGAAGACAGCCUGGGCAGCACCGGACGGGUCUGCGUGGAGAAGUGGAAUCUACUCAACCCUUCCCGCCUCCACUUGCCGAGGCCUUCAGCCGUGGCCCUGGAAGUGCAAAGGCUCAACGCCCUGGACCUGGAGAAGAAGAUUGGGAAGUCUGUUCUGGGAAAGGUCCAUCUAGCCAUGGUGCGCUACCACGAAGGUGGGCGAUUCUGCGACAGGGACGAGGAGUGGGACCGUGAGUCAGCUGUUUUCCAUCUGGAGCACGCAGCCGACCUGGGCGAACUGGAGGCCAUUGUGGGCCUGGGCCUCAUGUACUCGCAGCUGCCCCACCACAUUCUGGCCGAGGUGUCCCUGGAGGAGACGGAAGAGAAUAAAACAAAAGGCUUUGACUACUUACUGAAGGCUGCAGAAGCUGGCGACAGACAGUCCAUGAUCCUGGUGGCUCGGGCUUUUGACACUGGCCAGAACCUCAGCCCAGAAAGGUGCCGAGACUGGCAGGAGGCCCUGCACUGGUACAACUCCGCGCUGGAGAUGACAGACUGCGACGAAGGCGGGGAGUAUGAUGGCGUGCAGGAUGAGCCCCGCCAUGCGCUGCUGGCCAGGGAGGCUGAGAUGCUGUUUGCCGGAGGCUGCGGCCUGGCCAAGGACCCUCAGAAAUCAGGGGACCUGUACACCCAGGCCGCCGAAGCAGCGAUGGAAGCCAUGAAGGGCCGCCUAGCCAACCAGUACUACCAGAAGGCGGAGGAGGCCUGGGCGCAGAUGGAGGAAUGACUCGCACCGUGUCCCUGAGCAGGAGGCCCAGGAGGGAAAACAAAAGGCUUACUGCAGGAAGGGUGGUUCUUUUACCAUGCGGUCAAUCAGCUUUUAUAUUUCAGUGUUGUUUUGUUUCCUUUUAAAAUUGUCUUUGCUUCUGGCAGAGACACCGCAGCUGUCCCCUAGGCAGUGUUUUGGGGAAGUGGGCUUUGAAAGGGCAACCUAAUGAACUUACCUGUUGUUUUUGAGAUUCUGUGGUUUUUAUUUCCUUUUUCUUUUUUUUUUUUUUAAGUAUUUUUCCUCCCUUGGAUAGACAAUAUGAGGGCUUUGCUCCCCAGCCAUUUCAGGCUGGAUUAAAAUCUCCAGGCCCCUCCACCCCCCUCCAGUAAAGCCUUCUUUCUCAAAGCAUUUGGGGGCAUGCCUGGCGUUUUUGAGUGAAGUUUUGUUUGUCUUUUAAUACCCAGGCUUCCUUUGAGAGCCUUCUGACCUUUUAAGUUCCUCCCGUUGACACAUCUGCUUUUCAGACACCAUGGACUGUUUCUAAGCCUGCUUUGUCCUUUGGGCUUCACAAAACACACGUGCUGUUUGUAGGCACACAAUGACUACCUCUGACUCCCACAGCAGCUGGCAUGGCUCCACAUUUUUUGCCAUGCAAGAACAGGGGGUUUGCAACAUGGACGCCUUGACGCCACGUGGACCUGUGUGGUGCAUCUUGGCGGCAGAUGUGCAGUGUCACUCAGGUGCCAUGCCACUCACAGUUCGGCCAGGCAUCCCUCGGAGCUCUCGUAGCAGCCUGGGUUUUGCAUGGACCCUGCUCCCCAACUCCUGUCUUCUGAUUUUCUGCUUGAGGCCCUGUUGAUUUUUCUUGUAAUUUGCAGCUGGACGCUUUCAGCAACAGCCCCCUGAGGUUUCACGGAGAUGUUUGAGAGUGAAAGGGCAAGAACUAUAAACACUCAUUAAUUCCAGUCCAUUUCCCCAGGGUGCAGGCUACAGUUGUCUUCAUUGAAUGUGCUUUCCCCGUUCAAAGGGAGUUCAGACGGAAUGUCGGUACUACUUGGGUUUCAACGAACAAAACAGACGGCUUUAAUCAAGCCCCAAAGCUAGAGCAGCCUCUUUCUUUUGUUUGAAUUCAACACCCCAAAAAAGCAGAGUAUAACACACAAAGCCGUUCUUACCUGUUCAUUGAAAGAGGUCUUUCAGCACUUCUGUUUUGAGUGCUAUGGUGUCAUGAACUUGUGCAAGCAUUGGGUUCCAAAGUCUGCAGUGGACCGUAAAGAGAGAAAAAAAAAAAGAGAGAGAGAGAGAGAAAAG